AUGUUGGUGAGGCAUGUGUGCUCAAGUUGUUGUUUUAGCGCAAAAGAAUGUCCCAAAUGUCCUGCAACAAACGCUAAAUUUGUUGAUGUUUGUAAACUUGAUAAAUGUAUGGUUAAUCCAUGUAAACCAGAGCCGACGGUUGUUAUUGUUGGUGGAGGAAUUGCUGGUCUUUCUGCUGCUCAAAGAUUAGUUCAUUGCGGUAUAAGAAAUUUUACCGUCCUCGAGGCAACCGACAGACCGGGUGGUAGGAUUCAUUCCUGUUGGAUGGGAGAUGUCGUUGCAGAAAUGGGAGCUCAAUAUAUUAACGGUGGUUGCAUUGCAAAUCCAAUUUUUACAUUGGCCGCACAGGAGGGUCUUUUAUCAAAUCCUCUUCCUCGACCCGACGAAAGAGGACUUUUUUGCACCAGCGAUGGACGAGCAAUUGAUUUCCCAGUCAGCGUGACAGCUUUACACACAUUUAAAAAGAUCGAACAACAAGCGGCAGCGCUGUUCAGCAUGGGUUGCGGUCGAUCUCAUGGAAAUUUAUUAAAUUUUUUGGGUAUCAGAAUACAGCAAGAGUUGCACAACUUUCCAGAAGAACAACGUUACGAUGCGGCAAGAGUCAUGUACGGUUUAACAAACAUAUUGAGAACAAAAUGCGGCGACGAUUUGUCUCUGAUAAGCGCGGAUCAAUUUGGUAGUUACAUUGAAAUCCCCGGAGGAGAUGUGAGAGUUCCUUUGGGAUACGUAGGAGUUUUGGCUCCCCUUUUACGUGAUCUUCCAGAAUGCAGCGUCCGUUAUUGCAAACCGGUUCAAAGUAUACUUUGGGGUACGAUCGGCUCCAGUUGCGGUCCUCGUGCCGUCGUUAAAUGUUGCGACGGUGAAGAAUUUCAAGCAGAUUACGUCAUAGUAACCGUUUCUUUGGGAGUUUUAAAAGCUAAACACGAUAAAUUAUUUUGUCCAGCUUUGCCUUGCGAAAAAGUUGAAGCCAUCAGAAAACUUGGAUUUGGCGUAGUUAAUAAAAUAUUUUUAGAAUAUACGAGACCGUUUUGGGUGUGGAGAGAAGGGGGUAUCAAAUUGGCAUGGUCAGCCGACGAACUGGCAUCAAGAGACGAUUGGGUGAAAGGCCUUUGUUACGUCGAAGAACUUGCCGGAAGUCAACACGUAUUAUGCGCUUGGGUUGCAGGAAGAGAAGCCUCGACUAUGGAAUUAUGUUCGGAAGAAGAAGUCGCCGAAGCCAUAACUCGAGUUUUGAGACAAUUCACUGGCGAUCCUUGUCUACCAUAUCCCGCCAACGUGUUAAGAUCAAAAUGGACGGCAGAUUGUAACUUUUGCGGUUCGUACAGUUACAUGGGAUUAGAAUCAAACGUCGGUCAACAAUGUGAUUUAGGAUCACCCGUACCUGGAUCCUGCGAACCCAUUGCACCUAUUUUAUUAUUCGCCGGUGAAGCAACUGUACCUGGUCAUUAUUCAACCGUUCACGGUGCUCGAUUGAGUGGAAUUCGUGAAGCUGAAAGAAUAAUACAACUAACCAAAAGAUUUGGUGGACCACCCCUUCCUCCAGAGAGUAUGUCCUAA